UUUAGCUUUGCUUUACUUUGAUAUAUUAAUUAUGGUUGUCUAAUAACAAUCUAUCGCGCGAUUGGUUUCCUCGUUGUUUCACGCAAUGAUGAAUAAGUCUGUUUGAGACUCUGAUUACUUGAUAAUCGACAAUCAACAAUCUCCAUAAUGUCACUAGAUCAGAAAUUCGACGAAGCCGCCUUGAAGGUAAAAGCGUUCACCAAACGUCCCACCGAUCAGGAACUGUUGCAAGUGUAUGCCCUGUUCAAGCAGGCCACCGUCGGCGAUAACACUACCGCGAAACCCGGCCUGCUGGACCUGAAGGGCAAGGCCAAAUGGCAAGCGUGGAUGGACAAGAAGGGAACAUCCCAGGAUGCUGCGAAAGAGGCCUACAUUAAACUGGCGGAAGAGUUGGCUUUAAAAUACCAGUGAAAAUAGCUGCGGACUUAACAGAACUGAUAAAAAAUUACCUUUACUUACGAAUUGUGGCUUUGAUAUAAUUAUAUAGUAAUAGCGGCUACCAAAACAUCACACUAUGUGUAAACUAUUGUUCAUUCAUCAAAGAUUUGAAGUGUUUCUUAUAUGGAUCAUGUAAACUAGAAAAAAGGGUAAUAUUACCUUGAA